AUGAUGGUCUGGCGACUUGAAGUGUUUUCCACAAACCAACGCUUCCCUCUCCUUCUACCAGCUCAAUGUGACUCCUGCUUCGAUCGUCUCGUGUUUCUCAUUAAUUUUGUGUUUAAAACCACAAUUUCAGGAAAUCAAAUCAAUGACUUUACUUGCCGCAAGAACAAAGGGGAAGCAGAAAACACCGACUCCACCACACCAGGAAAUCAACAACGCAUACCGGCACUGAUGAUGGUGGUGGUUGCCGGUGGCGGUGGCUUCUACUUCUUUGGAAACGGAUACGAACACGGCACGACUAUAAUUUGGCUUCAACAAAAGCCCAACAAACAGAACAAGCUUUUCCCUUCUUAUACGAUCACCGUUGACAAGAAUCCAGUAAGAGGACAUUUCACCACCAUUCAACAAGCAUACGCUUCUUUGGGGACUUGGUUAAGAAUUUGUAUUGUUAGCAACUGA